ACCACGGCCCGACCUCAAGAACGCCCCGAGCUGCAGGUUAGUCCGUUCCUAGCUCAAACAUCAGUCUUUGCUCGCUUUCAAGCACAUUUCUUGCCUCAUGUAUCCUCACCACCACCUACAACUUCGCCGGCCCCUGUUGAAACGAUCCAUCCACCCCCUCCCAAGUACAUUAAGAUCAGAAUAAUAACAUGGAAUAUGAAUGGGACUCUACCGAAGGGGGACCUCGCUACAUUACUAGGAACACUUCCUCAGUAUGAGGAGAGCUCGGUCAAAUUAAAUGAUACCGAAAUCCCGGGACUCUCCUUGGACACCGGUCACCCAUAUCAUCUUGUCCUUGUCGCUGGACAGGAAUGUCCGACAUUAAUGGGUCUUCCUAUGGGCCUCGGAGGUGGUAUGAAGUGGGAUUGGGAUAAGGAAGAGGACGACAAACGGAA